GUGAUCACUGAGGCAUUAACAUGAUUACACUGGUAGUUCUUAUUGGUUUGUUUGGCUGCUCUUUGGGUCAGUAUAGACCGAAUCCAGCAGCUGGAUCUGCAGCAGCAGCUCGUAUUGUUAGCCAAACACAGGAAGGACCAAAUCCUGAUGGAUCUUACGCCUGGAGUUAUGAUACAGACAACGGUAUCUCCGCCAGAGAAACCGGUAGACCGAAAUCUGCUGACAUUCUUGAAGCUCAAGGCGAAUUCAAAUUCACUGCUCUAGAUGGUACUCCCAUCCAAUUAAUUUACGUUGCCGACGAAAAUGGAUUCCAAGCUCAAGGCGCGCAUCUACCAACUCCUCCGCCUAUUCCAGAAGCUAUUUUAAGAUCACUCGAGUACAACGCCCAGCAUCCAGAAGAAGAUGACAGCCAAAGACCUGCCCAAGGUGGUGGAUUCAGAAGUGGAUAAUUCCGAUUCAACGAGAUUAUUUCAAUAUAAUGCUCUGUGGUAUUUAAUUUUCAUGUGAUGUUUAUAUGUUGUAAUAUAUUUAAUA